UCUGUCACAAAUUCUAUCACAACUAUGGGAAUAUAGGAACAUUUUUGGAUUCAUAGGGAGUACAAUUUUGGCCAGAACCCAUCCAAAUUUGUCCUUGUUUGGGUGUCAACAUGAGGGUCCUCCUCGGUGCUGGAACCUGCUUUAAGAUCUGCAGGUUUAGGGUACGUUGGUACAGCAAGAAUAAGUCAUAUGUGCCAACAAAGGAGCUUUGCGAGAUGAUGAGAAGAGCCAUAGAAGCGAGGGCUCGCAAAGGGACUGUACCACCUCGCAGCCGACCGAUGCAAGUAAAAAAUCCAGAAACUCCUGCUCUGGAAACUGUAUGUCGGGCACUAAAAUCAUCCAAUUUCAAGUCAACUGGAUCCCCAAGCCACGCUGGCGGUGAUGGUGAUCACGGCUUGGAUUCCAGACAUCAGACUUCGAAGCACAACUCAGGUUCGAUUCGACCCAUUUCAGACCAGGAUACAGAUCCUGAAAUGGAACAAAUUUUGGAUAGAACAAAACCACUGGAUCCUACGUUAUUCAAUUGUAAGGAUUGUCAUCGCAUUUCCCCUAACGCUACAACAACAUUCGGUGGAGAAUUAUUUAGUAAGAAAUCUUCUGGUAAUCGAAGCAUGGAUGAGCAAUUCCUGAAUUCAGAAACACCCCACCCACUAAGAACACCAAAAACUCCCGUUGAAAACCCAUUAAGCGCUUCAUCUAAAUUUUUGGAUCCAGACCAUUCAUCAUUACCAUCAAAAUUGUCAGCUAGUGGCUUAAAAGAUUUUUCGAAAGCUCCUCCUGCAAAAUCAGCAGCAUUUCCCCUUGGAACUCAUCUUCGCAAAGGCGGCAAAGAUGUAUCAAAAAAUGAAAAACCGAAAUGGGAUUCUUUUCAAAUGCCACCUCAAAUCAUAUCUGAAUUAAGCGAAGAAACGCCAACAGCGACUUUCAAAUUAGAAGACAAAGUUUCGGACUUACAACUAACCUCCAAAAUAACAGAACCCACCAAUGGAUCCGUCCUAAAAGAUCCCUCAAAACAAGCCCAACAUAACAAAGAAUCUGUGAAAGCCCCCCAAGUCCUGAAAACUAACAAACACGCUGAUCUUGAUCGUAAAAGUAAGGCCAAGACUUCGGGUAAGCCAAGUCCCACGUCCGAGUCCAUAAAGCAACCGUCAAGUAGUUAUGCUAUGCCACAAGCCAAUGCUUUUCCAAGAGGAAGAAAUCCUUGCAUAGAUGGACCUCGAACUAAGGCGGCUGGGGAAUGUGAAGAAACCGUAAAAGAAGACCCUUGCACCGAAAUCCAGGAGAGCCCUGAGGAAGUUUGCGAGGACGAUCCGCCAAAGGUAGAAGAUGAAUCUUGCGACAAACUAGACAAGGAAGAAGUGUGCCAACUUCUUUCAAAGCUGGAGAAGAAUGAAAUUCGUGCUCUUCUCAAUAUAAUCAAAGAUAAAGGUCGCUCUGACGGUCCUCAUGGAAAUUACAGCGUAACCAAAAACAAACCUGUUAAAAAAUCAGAAUCUAUUCAAAUCAAGAAGCCUCUUAAAGCUGAUUUGGCGCAAAAAAGAGACAAGAAAACAGCCAGCAAAGCUCCUGUUAAAGAUACUACAAAAUCAGUUCUUUCAGCCAAGCCCGAAGAAUCAUUUAAAUCUCAAUACAAACACGGAGAAUUACCGUCUGCUCCGCCCAGUUUUUCUAUGCCACUUGCUGACGCUUUUCCACGCGGCAGAAAUCCGUGCAGAGAUGGACCUCGCACAGCUGGAAAAUGUGAAGAAACUGAAAAACAAGACCCUUGUAAAAAAAUCAAAAAAGUAAAAGAUGAUUGUCAAAAACCAAAAAACAAACCUACUUGCAGUGAGCUUCAGAGUAAAGAAAUUAGGGAUUUGCUCUCUAAACUAGAAGAAAAACUAUCCUGCGGCUUACUUGAUAAACACUCCCCGAAUAUGGGCACAUAUGAGCUUUCACCCGCAAAUGCAGCCAAAGAUCAAACACCUCAAGUCCUUAAACUGGAGAAUACAAGUAACGCUCCAAUUUCUCAGAUCUUAGAAUCGCCGAAAAUAUCGGUCAAAGUCGAGGUGUCUCUUAAAUCUGACGAGUUAAGCAAAACCGUUGGACAUGCUAAGACUAUGGAUGACUUGACAAAGGACACUGAAUUUAUUUAUGCUACUUCCUCUCUUUUAAACGAUACGGCAAAUACGAACAACGCCAAAAAUUUGGCGGAAAAUAAAACCCAGCCAUCUCAUCAGUCAAAUUCGAUUAAAACCAAAAAAGUUGCUGAUGUAACAAAACCUGCUAUUCAGCCUAAACGAAAACAAGAAGAUGAUCAGCCGCCUCCCCCACCUAGUGAUUGUAUGCCGCUUUAUGGCGCUUUCCUACGGGGUCGAAGCCCCUGCCGAAACGGAAAAAGAGACAUGCCCGCAGUGGAACCACUCGAGAAACCACAAGAUAAGGUCGAGGAUUGCGAAAGGUUCAAUAGCCUUCAAAAGGAAAUUCGCACUCUUCGUAAGCUGCUGGAAGAUGAAAGAUCCAAGACCAACAAAAGCAAGGAACCCCUCAACACAAUUCUACCGAUAGAGGGACAAGAAGAGCCAAAAUGUCAAAACGUAACAAAAGAUGCUUCUGUUUUCAAUACAAAAGACUACGUAAACACACAACAUUCAGAAGGUCUUUUAGAAGUACCCGUGAAUGAUAAAAGUGGAAUUUAUAACGUUGAAAAGUCGGUCAACUUUGAAAAUAAAUUUAAUGUCGCCGCUGAGGCUGAUCCUUCGGCUAGACCCAAAGCUCACCAAGAAACCGCGUCAAAGCUUAAGCCCAAGCCGAACUCGCAACGGCUCACAGAGUAUGCCUUACCACGGUUUGACGCAUUUCCCAGUGGCAGAAAUCCUUGCAGAGACGGACCAAGGGAAUCCGCCAAAGAGGAAGAUUGCAAGGAGGUCGAAGAUAAUGAAGAUAACGACGAACACUGUGACAAUUCAAAAACAGAUGAAUCCCAAGGGUCUUGCGCACUUGAAACGGAAACUGAGAAAAUAUCCAAAUCUUCUAAAAAUAUGGAACAAACUUUCCAGUCCGAGGCACCUAAAAUGACAGCAUCAAAGCUACCUCAACCAAAAGAAAAAUUAAAAGAGGUUUUUCCCUGCCCCAAAAAAAGCAGGGAACAGGCAAAAAUUGCUACAAAUACUCAAAGAGAUACAAAGGAAAAACAUUUAGAAACGCGUGGAAAAUCCGUUGAAAAUAUGUCAGCUCCGGUAAGUGUGGCAGAGGAACAAAAGAGUAAAACGAGUGAGAAACAAGAAUCCCAAAAAAUAAGAGAAAGUGAAGCACCAUCCGCCAAGCAAAAGACCCCAACAUGUUCUAAGAUUUGCAGUUUCGAAGUGUCCAUUUGUAAAAACGAUGACUCCGAAAGGCCAAAGAUAAAGACCUUUCCAGUAGCAUCGCUUAGUAAAACGCUGAAAGGGUAUUUAGCGAGUAUCAAGCCGCUACUUACUGCGAAAGAAUACGAAAAAGAAGUGGAGGUGACUAAGGAAUUUGAGGAAAACGAAGGAGCAGAUCUCCAAGGACUUUUGAAGGAUGCUGCUAAGGACACCUGCAACUGGCUAACCCCACGCUGGACAACUGCCGCCUAUUUGAGAUACCAAGCGCCAGUGACGGUUUUCUCUAGUCCAGGAAUGUCAUUUCCAAUUCAAAAAUUCAAGAGUGAAGCAGAAUUUCUCACUUUCACUGCUAAAGUCAUCCACGGUGUUGUAGAAUUCAAGAAGAUUGUGGAUGCCAAUAAAAUCCCGACGACCAAACUUGGGAGCCAGUAUUUGGAUAACAGUCAGUUUGGCAAGAUCUUUGGUACUGUGCGAACACCAGGACGGUUUUGUGACAAAAUUGAACAGCACAGGGACUCAAAAUACGUUGUGGUUGUCCAUAAAAAUAAUUAUUAUAAGUUACCAGUUUAUACCGCUGAUGGGAAAACUCUGCAUGUGCACAUCUUAAGGGACCAACUGGAGGGCAUUAUCAAUUGUCCUGUAGCGAAAGGAGAACCAUUUGGGUUACUAACACACGACAACCGUGGAAAUUGGGCUGAAGGCUACUCAUGCCUCUGUGCGCCCCCCGAAAACGAUUAUUCCGUCAAGACCAUUGAGGAGUCCCUGUUCGUGGUCUGCCUGGAUGAGUUUGUGGCGAUUCCCAAGGGCAGGAUGCAUGUAGUGCAGGCCCACCAACUUCUUCAUGGCGGGGGUAUGCAGAAAAAUAGUGCCAACCGGUGGAUGGACAAGACUUUACAACUAAUAGUGAAUCCAAACGGAAUGGCUGGAUUCUGCUACGAACAUUCGGCUGCCGAUUGCCAGCCUCUAGCAUCCUUGAUGGACUUUAUUAACCAAAAAUUACCUGAACCCAACUAUGGUUGCGAGUCCUGUGAUAUUGACGAACCAAUUACGGUCAAUUGCCUCGCCUUCCAGCCACUUGACGAUUGCGUUAAUUUGUGGCUAUGUGAGGCUAAGCGGAAUAUCCAGAAGAUUGUCAACAAGCUGCAGCUGGAAAUAUUCCACUUCGACUGCCAUGGCAAGGACUUCAUCAGCUCGCAAGGACUCUGUGUAGACAGCUAUAUCCAAAUGGCCCUGCAAUUGGCUUACUAUUCCAUGCAUGCUACUUUGCCCGCUCAGUACGAGUCCGCCCACCUACGAAUCUUUGCUGAGGGACGCACAGAGACAAUUCGAUCCACUUGUGCCGAAUCUAAGGCGUUCGUCCAGUUAAUGACAUCACCGGACGCAACCCACAAGCAACGAAUGGGAGCCCUUCGAAACGCGUUGGAUGCCCACCAAAAGUUAACCCUUGCGGCAAUCAAUGGGAAAGGUAUCGAUCGUCAUCUGUUCGGACUGCAGCAGAUGGCUAUGGAGAACGAAUUGCCGCUGCCGGAAUUCUUUCAUUCCAAGGGAUUUGUGCGCUCCGUAACCUUUGAGCUGUUUACCUCGAACGUGGCCACCGAAAACGACAGCUUCAUGGUCUUUGGACCACUAGUGGCCCAAGGUUACGGCUGCUCUUAUAAUCCGCAAGAAGGCAAGAUCGUUUUCUCCAUCUCAGCCUGGAAGUCGAAUCCCAAUGUGGACGCUAGACGCUUUGGCCACGCUAUCAAAAUGAGUUUGGAGUCGAUGAGGGAGGUAAUCAUUCUGACUGGAGGUAAUCGAUCCGGCGAAAAUUGUGGCAAUUGUCCAGAAAUUCAGUUCCAUAAGUAACAGCCGUUUGCCUGUACCCUCAUGUUUUUCACCCCAUGACAAGGCUAAUAAAUUGUUUUGUAAUUUUU